CCCCCCCCCCGUCUCUCUCACUCUCUCUCUCGUGCUAAAACCCUAGGCCUUCCUCUGUCGACUGCCGAAACCCUAAUCGUCGCUCCGUCGUCUCAACACUUUUUCGCUCCGUCGUCUCAACACUUUGUCACUCUGUCGUCUCAUCACUUUGUUGCUACGUCGUCGUCUUCUUCUCUCUCUCUCUCUCUCUCUUGCCAAACUUUAUCCUCCUGUCACUCUUCCUCUGCCGAUCGAAGCUCCAUUCCUCGUGGCCAUCGUCUUCCACUUUUUCUCUCCAUCAUCGAAUUCUACAACCCAAGGUUAGUUUUUCUCCAUUUCAUGCUCUGUGUGUGUGUGUGUCUGUUUCUGUGUUGGUGCUUUUAUAAUUGAUGGAUUCUUGUAACUCUUCCUCUGCUGAUCGAAGCUCCGUUUGCUCGUGGCCGUCUUCUUCAUCACUCCGGUGUCGCUCCGUCGUCGACUUCGAGAACCCAAGUCUGAGAACUCUCUCCGAAACCCUAGCCAUCAUCUUCAACCUCGUGCCACGUCUUCAUCCGCGUGCCUGGUCUUCAUCCUCGUGCCGUCUUCUUCCUCACGUCGCGCAAUCGUCUUCAUCAGUUUGCUGUGUGCCGUUCGAAGCGGGAUUUGUCUUGUUAAAGAUGAAUUUAAUAUCUCAAAAUCUUCCCUCCAAAAGUAGAGCCAAUAAGACUAAAAGGGAGGAUGCUGACGAGCCUUCAUCUCUGCAAGGGAAUGAAGACGCUGAAAAUGAAUAUUUGGAUAUUUUAAGGAUGACUAAGAGAAAGAAAGAACGCAGGGAAGAGGAUGAGAAGUUGGCAAUGGAGCAAGACAGAGAAAUGAAGAAGCUGGAGAACUCUUUGUUCGGGUCCCUCUAUUCACCUGUUGAGUUUGGGAAUGAAGGCAAGGAAGACACUCAAGACUGGGCUGAGAAUGGUUCUGCUUUGUUCAUCAUGGACCGAACUGCAAGUGGUGUGCUCUCUGUUUAUGAAGAGGAUGCAGAAUUCCCAGAAAGAACUAAUGGUGAGGAGGAAACUAAGCAAAGAAAACCUGUCUGGGCAGAUGAGGAAGAAGAAAAAACCAAAAUAAAUAUUGCUCAAGUUAACAGAUUAAGGAAACUGAGGAAGGAAGAAGAUGAGAGUUUGAUUUCUGGUUCCGAGUAUGUGUCAAGAUUGAGGGCUCAGCAUGUUAAGCUUAACCCCAGCACAGAUUGGGCCAAACUUGAUUCACGAGCAAGUAAUGAUACAUCUUUUGAUGAUGAGUCAUCAGAUGAAGAGAAUGGGGCAGCACUGGCCCAUGGUUACGAGGAUGUUGAACCGGUUGAGGAUGUCCUUCGAACAAACGAAGACCUUGUUGUGAGGAGCAGUGCAAAAUUGUUGCCUGGACUUCUUGAAUACUCGAGACUUGUGGAUGCAAAUACAGAGGAUCCUUCUAAAGGUCCAAUUAAUGCAGUUCAGUUCCAUCGGAAUGCUCAGUUGCUACUUGUUGCAGGAUUGGAUCGGGGGCUUAGAUUUUAUCAAAUCGAUGGAAAACGGAACACCAAGAUACAAAGUAUUUUCCUUGAUGAUUGUCCCAUUCGGAAGGCAUCUUUCUUGCCCGAUGGUUCUCAGGUUAUUAUAGCAGGAAGGAGAAAGUUUUUCUAUAGCUUUGAUUUAGUGAAAGCAAGAAUUGAUAAAAUAGGCCCUCUGGUUGGCAGGGAGGAGAAAAGCUUGGAAUUUUUUGAGGUUUCCCCUGAUUCUAGCACAAUUGCAUUUGUUGGAAAUGAAGGUUAUAUUUUGCUGGUCUCUUCCAAAACGAAGGAACUGAUUGGUACACUAAAGAUGAAUGGAACUGUUCGAUCUUUAGCUUUUGCUGAUGGUGGGCGACAAUUAUUGAGCUCUGGUGGUGAUGGACAGAUCUACCACUGGGAUUUGAGAACAAUGGCUUGCAUCCAUAAGGCUGUUGAUGAAGGUUGCUUAAAUGGUACGGCUCUUUGCACUUCCUCGAAUGGAAAACUGUUUGCAGCUGGUUCAGACAGUGGUAUCGUGAAUAUUUACAACAGAGAGGAGUUUUUAGGGGGCAAGAGAAAACCUAUGAAGACCAUAGAAAAUCUAACCACCAAAGUGGAUUUUCUGAAAUUUAAUAACGAUGGUCAAAUAUUAGCGAUUUGUUCUAGCAUGAAGAAGAACAGUUUGAAGUUGAUGCAUGUCCCGUCAUUUACGACAUUCUCAAACUGGCCUCCCCUCAACAAGUCCCUACAUUAUCCACGCUGUUUAGAUUUCAGCCCUGGUGGUGGCUUCAUGGCUAUGGGAAAUGCAGGUGGAAAAGUGUUGUUAUACAAGUUACAUCAUUACCAUCAAGCCUAGAGCCAGGUGUGAGAUAGUACUUCAUGUCGUAUGCCGGGAAUCCGUUCUUUAUUUGGGGACUCACUUAAUAUUGUAGUAAUUCUAGCUUGUAGUAUUGGUUGCAGAAAAGAUUUCUGCAAAAAUUUUGCUCAAUGAUGGCUUGUUUUCGUUUUGUUGCACUAAUUUUUUUUUUCAGAUUUAAGAUUUUUGUAACUUAACCAGUCGAUUCUUUGUACCGAGUGCAAUCCGAUGCUGCUGGCAUUAUUUGAUCCUUA